UUUUAAAAUGGCUUUCCACUGCUAUCUUCAUCUUCCAAAUCUCUUGCCUCCACCAUCUUCGGUCACCGUCGUGCACCAGGUCGUCGCCGCCACUAGUCUCGGUCGUUCGUCGUUUCUAUCUCAGCUAUAGCGCAGUUUCCCCAGCCACAGCAUCGUCCGGGUGUCCCAGCCGAGUCUUCCCCUUCGUUUUCCGUCAAACCUCGCGUCGCACGGUUCCGUCCAUCUUACCGCUCCGUCGAGCAGCCGCCGUCGAGAUUUCCGAACCUUCCACAAAGACCUCAAGCCCAGUCGAGUCUCCGCCGUGAUUCCAUUCGAGCUUCGCCGUCGUUCCGUAUUCUGUUCCGAGCCGUUUCCCUUAGAUCCGAGCCGACCAUCCAGAUCCAAGCCUCCCGGAGCCGCUAGAGCCGACGUUCUCCUCCUCUCAGCCGCGUCUCUGUUAGUGAGUCGUCUCCGAGCCGUUUCCAGUCGCGUGAGUCAAGUCUAAUUUCCUAGCCGAGCCGCGAGCUUCCCCUUCACUUUUCCAAGCCACUUCACUUUUUAGCCGAGUCCCAUUUCCGAGCCGUUAACAGCCGCGUGAGCCGAGUCUCAUUUUCUAGCCGAGCCGCGAACUUCCCAUAUGUUGUGAAAAAAUGUAGUAAUGGCGACUAAGCUUAAAGGUGGGGAAAUUUCGCGUUGGAUUCAAGGAAGGGGGGCGGGACCGGUAAAGCGAAAAGGCGUCGGUUGCACGUGUGCGAGUUCUAUAUCACUCGUGUGAGUUCACUUCCUUCUGAUUGGCUAAAUCAGUUUCGCCUUCCCAAAUUACCAAAGCAUCUCUUGAGUCUCCAACAUUCCACUCUCUCACUCACUCUUUUUCAUCAGUCUACAACCUUUCCACCUCACGCCCGUUUUUCAUCUGCAUUCACGUUUGCUCCAUCUUAGAUCGGUUUCCAGUUUCGAAUCAGGUGUUGUUUUUCUUGCAGCAGCUCGUUGUUAUCGGAUUACUAUAUGUUCAAGAAAACCAAUCCAGUUUUUGGUAUCUCAGAUGGUUUGUUUUAAUUGUAUUAUGCUUGACUGGUGUCACCAUGGGCUUCUAUACGGUAAAAUGGCAAUGGCUACUGAUUCUUCACAUUGUACCGCUCUGCUUGAUAAUGAGCAGAAGCAGUGGUAUCACUUCUGAUGGUGAGGCACUUUUGAGCUUCAGAGCAUCAAUUCUUGAUUCUGAUGGUGUUCUUCUUCAAUGGAAGCCAGAGGAACCCCAUCCUUGUAAAUGGAAAGGAAUAACGUGUGAUCCAAAAACCAAGAGAGUGAUAUAUUUGAGUCUUCCUUAUCACAAACUUAGUGGAUCGUUAUCCCCUGAACUUGGAAAGCUUGACCACCUAAAAAUUUUAGCUCUUCAUGACAAUAACUUUUAUGGGACAAUUCCAUCAGAAUUAGGGAAUUGCUCACAAUUGCAGGGAAUGUUCCUGCAGGGUAAUUACUUUAGUGGGUUCAUUCCCAAUGAAUUAGGGAAUCUUUGGGCACUUAAAAAUUUAGAUAUUUCAAGUAACUCACUCGGCGGAAAUAUUCCCAUUUCACUGGGGAAGUUGAGCAAUCUUAUUAGUCUAAACGUGUCUGCCAAUUUUCUGGUUGGAACAAUUCCAAAUGUUGGCAUGCUACUCAACUUCUCGGAAAGCUCAUUUCUUGGAAACCGUGGCUUGUGUGGGAAACAAAUAAAUGUUAUGUGCAAAGAUGACAAAAAGGAACCUGAGACUAAUGAGUCGCCAUUCUCAGUGCAAAAUCAAAUUGGGAAGAAAAAGUACUCUGGCCGACUACUUAUAAGUGCUUCGGCAACUGUGGGUGCUUUACUACUGGUUGCCCUAAUGUGUUUCUGGGGUUGCUUUCUGUAUAAAAAGUUCGGCAAAAAUGACAGUAAAGGUUUAGUGCUGAAUGGCUGUGGAGGUGCUCGUGCUUCGGGUGUAAUGUUUCACGGAGACUUGCCAUACAUGUCUAAAGAUAUUAUUAAGAAAUUUGAGACGUUGAAUGAAGAACACAUAAUAGGAUGCGGGGGCUUUGGAACCGUGUACAAGCUUGCAAUGGAUGAUGGCAAUGUUUUUGCCUUGAAAAGAAUUAUAAAAUUGAACGAGGGCUUUGAUCGUUUUUUUGAGAGAGAGCUUGAGAUCCUUGGAAGCAUAAAGCACAGGUUUCUUGUGAAUUUGCGAGGAUAUUGCAAUUCUCCCACAUCAAAGCUGUUAAUUUAUGAUUUCCUUCCUGGAGGCAGCCUUGACGAGGCACUACACGGCCUCCGUACUGAAGGAUCUGAGCAACUAGACUGGGAUGCACGCUUAAAUAUUAUCAUGGGAGCUGCAAAGGGACUUGCAUAUUUGCAUCAUGAUUGCUCACCGCGAAUCAUUCACCGAGACAUAAAAUCAAGUAACAUUCUACUUGAUGCUAAUUUGGAGGCUCGAGUUUCUGACUUUGGACUUGCGAAACUCUUAGAGGAUGAAGAAUCACAUAUCACGACUAUUGUUGCAGGAACAUUUGGUUAUCUGGCUCCUGAGUAUAUGCAAAGUGGUAGAGCUACUGAAAAGACUGAUGUAUACAGUUUUGGGGUAUUGAUACUUGAAGUUUUGAGUGGCAAACGUCCCACAGAUGCCUCAUUCAUUGAGAAGGGGCUAAACAUUGUUGGUUGGUUAAACUUUCUAGUCACAGAGAAUCGACAACGAGAAAUAGUCGACUUACAGUGUGAGGGCAUGCAAGCAGAGAGCUUGGAUGCAUUGCUUUCAGUUGCCAUCCGAUGUGUUUCGUCAAGUCCAGAGGAACGACCAACCAUGCACAGAGUGGUCCAGAUUCUGGAAUCUGAGAUUAUGACUCCAUGCCCAAGUGAUUUCUAUGAUACAGAUUAAGAUCUAUAAUAACACCCAAGCCAAGCCUUGCAAUACCAUGCCAUGCCAAUGAAGGCAUAGAACCUUGUUGGAAUCAGCCAAAAGGAUUAUAACACCUUCAAGGUCCAUGCUUUCUAAUCUGAUUGAUUCUUCAUUAUUUCUUUCUGAGAAGUCGCAAUUAUGCAGCUUUUGUGAUUGAGCUCUAACGUUUGAGAAAAGGGUCCCAAAAAGUGCUGUUUCUCUAACCAAACCGCAUUGGAUCUCUUGUAAUUCCAUUCGCCCAUGUAAGUAAAUGAAGGUUCCACGUCUCUGAGUUUUUAUAUUUGUUCAAUCUCCCCUAGGGUUUUUCUUUCUUCUUCUCUCUUCGUCUCAAAUCAUUCCUCUUUGUAAUUUUUCUGUAACUUUUGACCCUAUAUGAAUUGUACAUGAGUGAUUGUAUAAAUAUUCGACAAAUGUUCUUCAGUUGGUUGUGUAACAUUUUAUUUUUCUAAGAAAUUCGAACCUUUGAUUUCUUAGAGGGAAUAGUAAUAACGUUGAUCGAAUGGAUGAUGUUCCAUAUCCCAUUUAGAUGUUAUAUUAUGACAUAAAUUUGUACAUAAAGCAAACUCUAUGAGAGUUGUACUAUCAAGGAGCACUGUCCAUUUCUUUCUAA